AUGUCGCCAUCGGAAGUGGGUAUACUUGACCUUGCGCCGCCGUCACUCUGUAUGGAGCUCGCUCUUCAAUCGCAGCGUUCGUGGAUCGCCCCUGAGUUGAUGUUAGUAGGGGCAGUGGGCGAUCAAGAUGGUGUAAUAAUCGUUGAGAGUGGUGGUGUGGCACUUUCGGCCAUCGUCGCGAACAACAUCGAGAAAGGCCCCUUAAGAACGACCCCGCAGAUCCCAUGUCUCCAGCAGCCAGCGUCCGCCAUCGUACCACGCAGAGUGACGACCAGACGUCUUCCACCCCGAUCUACUCGUACGUCAACCAUCAUAAACGAUAGCGAGACGAUUGGCUUGGAUGAACAACUUUCAAAAUGGCAUAUCCGACCUCUCCUCUCGCCCACCUCUACCCCCACUCUGAAGGAAGAGUUCCAAAUGGACGGUCUAUCCCCUGCUCCUUUCGACAUGGCCCUCGUCGGAAUGACCCCUCAGAUCGCAUGUCUGCGGCAGUCCACGUCCGCCAUUGUACCACACAGAGUAAGCACCAGAUGUCUUCCACCCCGAUCUACUCGCACGUCAACUAUCAUACAAGACGGCGAGGUGAUUGGCUGGGAUAUUCUUUGCCUGUUUUCGGCCCUUUCUACGUUCGCAGGCGGCAAUACAUUCGAUCUCUAUCGUCUACCCCGUAUUGUCCGCCUGGUUCGGCCCGCAUCAACCGACUACGCUGCGUCUGCUGUCAACCUGCUGCAAGUGCCUACACUCGAAAACUCAGCGUACACGUUGACGAAUGCUGGUUGUAUCCCACUACUCCUCUUCGCUGGCAUUCCCCAGGAGCCGGGGGACGUUAGACAGCAGUGGGUGAAACAUGGGGAUCUGGACGUUUUCGGCUUUCGAAAUACGAAUAUCCAACCUCUUCUCUCGAAAAUCACGACUUCCACUCUGAAAGAAGAGACGAUGAGCCUCCGAUCCCUGUUUACUCCUCCCCAUCGCCAUUCCAUCUCUUCUCAAGAUCUCAUCGAUGCAUCCCUCAUUCCUCCCUCCUUCUCUCCGCCAACCCAAUAUGUCACGUUGCAUCCAUCCAUCCAUGGCUACGUCGCCAUCGGGAUAGCCACAAGUGCAUGCAGGCUCAUCCGUCGCCAGCGCGCCGUCCGUUGGCGGUAUCGGGAGUUCAUUGCUAUCAAUGGGUGGUGGAUCAGAUGGACCCUGCGGUUCUAUUUAUUCGUCGCGCCUUUCUGCGCAGGGCGAACACCAGCCGCCCGUUUCCCGUAA